AGACGUGAUCAUGCGCAGUCCGUCUCAUUGACAGGAAGCGUCAGUAGUUAGCAUGCUGGCUAGUUAGUGGUGUGUCUACUGUGCUCUCCGGACAUGAUGGGGGCUAAAACCAGCACCGUGGUCGCUGGGGUGGCUGGAGCUCUGUUCAUUGGAUACUGCGUUUAUUUCGACAGAAAACGACGAAGUGAUCCGAACUUCAAGAGAAGGCUGCAAGAACGCAGAAGUAAACAGAAGUCUUCCCAAGAGAAGACUGGACUAACAAGGCUACCUGACCUGAAGGAUGCAGAAGCUGUACAGAAGUUCUUCCUGGAGGAGAUCCAACUGGGAGAGGAGCUGCUAGCACAAGGAGACUCUGAGACGGGAGUAGACCAUCUAACCAAUGCCAUAGCGGUGUGUGGUCAGCCCCAGCAGCUGCUCCAGGUGCUACAGCAGACUCUGCCUCCUCCUGUGUUCCAGAUGCUGCUCACCAAACUGCCCACCAUCAGCCAGAGAAUCGUGAGUGCUCAGAGUUUGGCAGAAGAUGACGUUGAGUGAAUGAGGUGUGUGUGUGAAACAGUGUGCAACUGCAUGUGUGGCUGUUCACUGGCUGUGUGGCCUAGUCAAGAUGGCUGCCAUUGGAUGUCUUUCUCACCAACCAGGACUUCAGCUGACUGUACCCCCUCCCCUCAAGCCUCACUGCUAUAGAUCUGUCCUUGUCCCCUCUUUCAGUCAACUGUAAAACAUUCCCAAUGCAGUAGCCCUCAUCUCAGAUUGUAAUAUCUUGACGAACUAAAUGAAUGUGUUUAUAUUAUUUAGCCUAAACAAAGUGAGUUAUUUUUUUAACUAAUACUCUAGAUUCUGUAGAGGUUAAGCAUAAUUUCAGAAUGUGGUGCCGCAGGGGAAAUUUUCCCUAUUGUACAUGAGACACUAGAAAGAGGUUGGCUCUGUUUGUCCCUGUCAUGUUCACUGUGAGGUGGAGUGGAUGCUCUCUAUACUAGGUUGAUUGUUUUCCUAAGAUGUCAGUAGAAUAUGUAAUUUUUUGGUUGUAUUUCUUAAAUCAAGUCAUGAAAUAAAAAUGUGAUGUGUGUUUAAA